CGAGACGGGUGUCGUCACCAGGCGUCCGCCACCACUGCCUAAUUUGGGUGCGCCAACAAAGAAAGAUGUACCUUGCAGCUGGCGUUGGACAUAACAAUUGUUCCUUGAGGUGUCUGAGAGUAGCAGCUAAUACAAAACAAUAGCUGGUAAAUCUACACCGCGGGCAUUGAUUGCGGCGCAGGUCUUGUGCUGCUUCGCGGCGUACGCAGCAUGACUAUGCGUGGAUACACCCAACCUUGGCUAGCCCACUAUCCUUGUAAUCUGGGUCGCUCUGUUUUUUUUAUUUUGUUUCUGCAGGAUAAGGCUGUGUCUGUGUGGCACUUGUGAUAUCGUUUUACCAGUAUCAAUUGCCUAUCAGUCUAUGAACGGGGCACCUUUUGACCUCUCAUUUUUCUCCCUAUCGUUUUCUUAUGUGGUCUGCCGCUAUCCGCUCCGUCCAGUAGUGUGCUGCGUUGCUGUUUGUGGCUGCUGUAUUUCAGCGCUGCAGGCGGCCCAACAAGUGCCGAGCUAGGCCCGUUGCGUCAUGCCUCGUCCUCUUUAGGCGUCGAAUCGACGCUACUGUGGGCUAGCCUUGCACUAACAGCCCGAAAAAAAAUAAAAAGGAGCAAAAAAAUAAAAAAGCAGGUGUCACUCACUUUGCCGGUGUUUUUCGAUGGGGCCCUGCGCCGCCAAAGUAUCCCCGUGUCUCCGUGCCCGAAGCGGCGCGCUCUGGCUCAUGAUUGCUCUGGGACGGAAAUUGAUGGGCAAACGCUAGGCCUGUUGGCACGGGCAAGGCAAAAAAUCUUAAAAUGACACGCUAAAUAAGAAUACCUUGCUCCCCCGUCGUGCGUGAUGAUGUCUCUCCCUCGUAAUCUUUCCAUCAACAUCACCGUCGUCCUCUCUUCUCCUAUACAUUGCUUAGAUUGCAAGACUACUUUCUACUACUGCCAGCUGCCAACCUAGACACCAGCUGUCACUCAACCCAAUAAGGUCAACCAGCCAACUUCACCAACCUCGCACCUCGUCACAAGCAAAAAAGAAUACUCUUCUACUGCCCAUCAUGGCCAAUUCGGCCCCCCUCAUCGUCAACGAGUCGCUGAGCUACUACUAUGGCCUGCUUCCGCUCUACACCAUCACCCUCGUGGUUGCUUUCGUCUGUGCCUCCAUGUCGCUGUGCUGCAUGUCCCGCUACUUUGAUCCCGCUCGUGGCUGGAUUGCAUGGCUGCGCGGUGCCUAUCUCUUCCUUUGCAUCUCCCUCUUCCUCCAGGUCGCCUACUACAGCUUCCUCAUCUACUGGUACAACAUCAUCAACGGCGACCUCCAAAACAGCAUGGACGGCUAUGACGUCGUUGCCCAGACCUCUUCAUAUCUCGCCAGCGGCACAACCUUCACCAAGUUCUGGUGCGAGGUCUUCAUCUUCUUGACCUUGACCCGCUACGCCGGUGGCAUCGCCAUUGCACGCAAGCACAAGAGCUCCAUCACCAUGACGAAAUGGUACAAACUCGCCACCUACGCCAUCGCUGCUGUUCUCUUUAUCCUGGCUGUUGUCAGCUUCGCUCUCAGCUGCAACUUUUAUAGCGAGUCGCUUUCCCAUGGCAUCUCGCCGACCUAUCUCAGCUCUGACGAGUUCCUUUCGCGCCUCCUCCAGACGCGCCAGAUGACAUUUGCCACUACCGUCGUCUUCUUCGCUGCCGCUCUCGCUCUGCUAGGAUUCUCCAUUCGUGUUGCCGUCGACGCCACCAGGGCUCCCAAGGUUCCUCUGCCUGCUUCCAACUAUCUGCUCGUCUCUGCUAUCCUCUGGGUGCUCCAGACUGCCUACGACAUGUGCAACUACGCCUACUACACUGACUUCUCUGGACAAACCGCUGGCAGAGAAUACCAGGCGUACUCUGAUAUUUUGGAAAUCCUCUUCAACUGGUGGCCAUUGUUCAUCAUUCUGACCCUUCUCUUCUCCAUCGGCUUCCUCAAGCAGGAAGGGCUCUUCUCUAAGCGCCAGAGCUGGAUGUCUGAUGAGGAGCACCAUCACCACAAACACAAGCACCACAGCGAUAGCAGCGGAACCGGAAACGGUCAUGUUACUCCAGACGCCUCUUCGUCGCAGGCGGCUCCCCAGCGCGCAUGGCCUCCUCAGCACUACAACAAAGAAAAGGAUGCCGAAGAGGGCCAGUCAGGCUUCGCUAACCUCAAGCACUCUGUCACUGCUUCUUAGGUGCUGCUUUUACUCGCAAUGAUUUGUCUUUUAGAGGUUGAUGCGCACGGGAAAAUAACGACUCUCUUUAAAUGUUGGGAUAUCCUUGGGAUUUGACUUUGUCUUUUGUUUUUAUUGCGAAAUACCACUCUGUUUACAUCCUUUUGAUCCGGGCGAUCAUUGAUAGUAUCAUAUAAUGACAUCUUUUUACUCU